GCAGUGCCUGAGCAUCUGAGCCGGAGACGGCAGGAGAGAGCAAGAGCGAGAGAGAGAGAGAGAGAGGGAGGGAGGGGAGCAGGGAGGGAGGGAGGCAGUGCAGUGUGUUAGCGGGUCCUGCACCCGUCUAGGUGGGUUUGCCCCCCACUCUAUGACUCCAGGGAUCACAUCCAUCGCAACAUGGAAGCCCAGGUAUAUGUGUAAGGACGUAGAUGAGCGGGCGAUGGACCCGUGCUGCCAGGACUUGCACACGCCAAGCGGGGCAAAGGGACAAUAAGGGGGACGGAAAGCCGGAGCUGCGAUCUGAGCAAGGUGUGGAGGUGGGGAGAGUGAGAGCAGAGCGAGAAGCAGUCUGUAAGCUGUCCACGAAAGCAGAGAGCUGAGCAGAAGACCUACAAGCGAGACAGACAGAGAGAGAGAGAGAGAGAGAGAGAGAGAGAGAGUGAGUGGGAGGGAGGGAACUCGGUGGCGGCGGUACCCCCCACUGAGGGCAGUCCUGACAUCGUUCACACCAGCAGAGGUGGUGGCGGAGCGGUCGAGCAAACUGCAGCGCUCGCUCACACAGGCACCUCUGUGCCACAGUUGGCGUCCGCAGUCCUCGCACCGGCAGCCAAGGGACCAGCAUGGCACAGGCGGCCAAACACCUGCGAAAGAAUAAGGACUUGGAGGCCCUUGCUGAGCAGGAGCGCAAGGAGAAGGAGAAGGAGAAGGAGGAGGAGAGGAGCAAGAAGAGGAACCGGUCGCGGGACAGAAAGCGCAAGGCCCAUGCGGUGCAUCGCUGGCUAAUCGAUCAGGACAGUAGUGUGAGCGCUGAGCCGCCGGACAGCCACGGCGUGUGGCACUAUGAUGAAACAGCUGAUGCUGCCACAAGCUUCCUCCGUGCCGCUCGCUCUGGCAACCUGGACAAGGCUCUGGACCACAUAAGAAAUGGUAUAGACAUCAACACAGCCAAUCAGAAUGGGCUCAAUGGGCUGCACCUGGCCUCCAAGGAGGGCCAUGUCAAGAUGGUGCUGGAGCUGCUGCACAACGGAAUUGUACUGGAGACCACGACCAAGAAGGGGAACACAGCUCUCCACAUCGCUUCCCUGGCUGGGCAGGAGCAGGUGGUCGCAGAGCUGGUGAACUAUGGUGCCAAUGUCAAUGCCCAGUCCCAGAAGGGCUUCACACCACUCUACAUGGCUGCCCAAGAGAACCACCUGGAGGUGGUCAAACUUUUGCUGGAGAACGGGGCCAACCAAAGUAUUCCCACUGAGGAUGGCUUCACUCCACUAGCCGUGGCCCUUCAGCAGGGCCAUGAGAACGUGGUGGCCCUGCUCAUUAACUACGGCACCAAGGGCAAGGUGCGCCUGCCAGCCCUCCACAUCGCAGCACGCAAUGAUGACACCCGCACAGCUGCAGUGCUGCUCCAGAACGACCCCAAUCCAGACGUCCUGAGCAAGACUGGUUUCACUCCUCUGCACAUCGCAGCUCACUAUGAGAACCUUAAUGUGGCACAGCUGCUACUCAACAGGGGGGCUAAUGUCAACUUCACCCCCAAGAACGGCAUUACACCAUUGCACAUUGCGGCAAGGAGGGGCAACGUGAUCAUGGUCAGACUUCUCCUGGACAGGGGGGCACAGAUAGAUGCUAAGACCAAGGACGAAUUGACCCCCUUGCACUGUGCAGCCAGGAAUGGCCAUGUGCGAGUUAUUGAGAUCCUGCUGGACCAUGGAGCUCCCCUGCAGGCCAAGACCAAGAAUGGCCUGUCUCCCAUCCACAUGGCGGCACAGGGCGAUCACAUGGACUGCGUGAGGCAGUUGCUGCAGUACAAUGCAGAGAUUGACGACAUCACGCUGGACCACCUGACCCCUCUGCAUGUUGCAGCACACUGCGGGCACCAUCGAAUGGCCAAAGUGCUGCUGGACAAGGGGGCCAAGCCCAAUGCCCGAGCACUGAAUGGAUUCACCCCCCUGCACAUUGCCUGUAAGAAGAACCACAUGCGUGUGAUGGAUCUCCUGCUUAAGCACUCAGCAUCCCUGGAGGCUGUGACAGAGUCAGGCUUGACCCCGCUCCAUGUGGCCUCCUUUAUGGGACACCUCAAUAUUGUCAAGAUCCUACUCCAGAAGGGCGCCUCCCCCAACGUAUCCAAUGUGAAAGUGGAGACCCCCCUCCACAUGGCAUCACGGGCAGGACAUUGCGAGGUGGCCCAGUUUCUCCUGCAGAACAAUGCACAAGUGGAUGCUAAGGCCAAGGAUGACCAGACACCCUUGCACUGCGCCUCUCGCAUGGGCCACAAGGAGCUGGUGAAGCUCCUGCUGGAGCACAAGGCCAACCCCAACUCCACUACAACAGCAGGACACACUCCCUUGCACAUUGCUGCUCGUGAGGGUCACGUCCAAACUGCACGCAUCCUCCUGGACAUGGAGGCUCAACAAACUAAGAUGACCAAGAAAGGAUUCACUCCCCUUCAUGUGGCAUCAAAAUAUGGCAAGGUGGACGUGGCAGAGCUGCUGCUGGAGAGAGCAGCAAACCCUAAUGCUGCAGGCAAGAACGGACCGACACCUCUUCAUGUGGCUGUCCACCACAACAACCUAGACGUGGUGAAACUCCUGGUUAGCAAAGGUGGCUCCCCACACAGUGCUGCAAGAAAUGGCUACACACCCCUGCACAUCGCAUCCAAGCAGAACCAGCUGGAGGUGGCCAGCUGCCUGCUGCAGCACGGGGCAUCGGCUAACACAGAGUCCCUACAAGGCAUCACGCCAUUGCAUCUAGCUGCACAGGAAGGCUGCCCCGACAUGGUUUCCCUACUUAUUUCCAAGCAGGCCAACGUCAACCUGGGAAACAAGAGUGGACUUACACCCCUGCACCUGGUGACCCAGGAGGGACACGUGGGCAUCGCGGACAUCCUGGUGAAGCAGGGUGCCUCAGUGUAUGCUGCGACUCGGAUGGGCUACACUCCACUUCAUAUGGCCUGUCACUAUGGCAACAUCAAGAUGGUAAAGUUCCUCCUGCAGCAUCAAGCUAACGUCAAUAGUAAGACAAGGGUGGGUUACACACCUUUGCAUCAAGCAGCCCAGCAGGGACACACAGACAUUGUUACCCUGCUCUUGAAGCAUGGUGCCCUUCCCAAUGAAACAACUACUAAUGGUAUCUCUGCCUUGGCAAUUGCCAAGCGGCUGGGUUAUAUCUCUGUCAUUGACGUACUGAAGCUGGUCACGGAGGAGACUGUGUCUACGACCAUGACUGAAAAACAUCGCAUGAGCUUUCCGGAGACAGUGGAUGAGAUCCUGGAUGUUUCUGAGGAUGAAGGACUUGCACAGCUAACGCUAGGCGAGGAGUUGAUGGGGGUUGACGGUGCUAAAUACCCCAAGAUGGAUGACCUCAAGGACCACGAUGAAGACUUCCUGUCCCCCAAGAAAUCCUUGGACUAUGAGGCUGCACUGGGCACAGGGAACUAUUCUCCUGCCAUUCCCAGAAUCCCUUGUGUUUCCCCAGAGACCGUUAUUUUAAAGGACAUGGAACAGCAUACCCCAGUGCCCCUGCCAAAGGAGUAUGAUGAGGACUCAUUAAUCCCCAGCAGCCCUGCCACUGAGACCUCUGAUAACGUCAGCCCCGUUGCCAGUCCCAUACACACGGGGUUCCUUGUAAGCUUCAUGGUGGACGCACGGGGAGGAUCCAUGCGAGGUAGCAGACACAACGGGUUACGUGUGAUCAUUCCACCCCGCACCUGUGCUGCUCCCACUCGUAUCACCUGCCGUCUGGUUAAGCCCCAGAAACUGACCACUCCUCCGCCACUGAUGGAGGGAGAGGGACUGGCUAGCCGCAUCAUUUCCCUGGGCCCCGCCAGCAUGCAAUUCUUGGGGCCAGUGAUUGUGGAAAUCCCUCACUUUGCGGCUCUUGGCCGAGGAGACCGGGAGCUCGUGGUCCUGCGCAGUGAAAACGGCUCUGUCUGGAAGGAACAUCGCAAUCGUUAUGGCGAUGAUGUGCUGGAGACUAUCCUCAAUGGAAUGGAUGAAGACUUAGAGAGCGAGGAGGAGCUGGGAAAGAAGCGAAUCCUCCGCAUCAUCUCCACCGACUUCCCCCUCUACUUUGCUGUGGUGUCUCGCGUCCAGCAGGAGAGUGAUCUGAUUGGCCCAGAGGGUGGUCAUCUGACCAGCAGACUCAUACCAUUGGUACAGGCCACCUUCCCCGAGACAGCGGUCACCAAGAGGGUCCGUCUGGGGCUGCAGGCGCAGCCGAUACCAGACGAGCUGGUUGCUAAGCUGCUGGGCAACCAGGCCACCUUCAGCCCUGUGGUGACAGUGGAGCCACGCAGACGCAAAUUCCACCGACCCAUCGGCCUUCGCAUCCCUUUGCCACCCUCAUGGAGGGACAGCCCACGAGACUCAGGGGAAGGAGACACCACGAGCCUCCGGCUGCUCUGCAGUGUCAUUGGUGGUACUGCCCCAGCUCAGUGGGAGGACAUCACUGGCACCACCAAGCUGGUGUACUCAAAUGACUGUGCUAGCUUCACCACCAAUGUCUCUGCACGUUUCUGGCUAGCGGACUGUCCCCGUACAGCAGAGGCAGUCACCUUCGCUAACCUGCUUUAUCGAGAGUUGUCAGCAGUCCCCUACAUGGCCAAGUUUGUGGUGUUCGCCAAGAUGAAUGAAAUGCGUGAGGGCCGUUUGCGAUGUUACUGUAUGACUGAUGACAAGAUGGACAAAACCCUGGAACAGCACGAGAACUUCACAGAGGUGGCGCGCAGCCGAGACAUCGAGGUGAUGGAAGGCAUGCCACUGCACUUGGAGUGCUCGGGAAAUCUGGUGCCUGUGCGGAAGGCCACCCAGCAACCACGCAGCUUCAGCUUCCAGGCUUUCAGGGACAACCGGCUGCCUGUCUCUGUUAAGGUGAGAGACAGCAGUAAAGAACCUUCCGGAUUCCUAUCCUUUUUACGCAAGCCUACCAAAUAUGAAGACAGCCAGCAGGUUCUGUGCAACCUUAACAUCACCAUGCCACCUUGCAUCAAGAUUGUGGGUACUGAAGACCGGAGACGAACUUUGACCCCACUUGCGCUAAGAGAGAGGUAUAGCGCAUUGAAUGAGCCAUCUCUAGCAACCAUGAGCGCUAUGGAACGGACAGAGUUAAAGAUGGCUUUAAUAUCAGAGCAGCUGGGCUUGAGCUGGGCAGAGCUGGCUCGGGAGCUGCAGUUCAGCGUGGACGACAUCAACAAGAUCCGUGUAGAGAACCCCAACUCUCUGCUGGAGCAGAGUUCAACAUUGCUUAACCUGUGGGCCACCCGGGAGGGCAAGAAGGCCAAAAUGGAGAGCCUCUAUGCAGCUUUGAGAAGCAUCGACCGCACUGAUAUUGUCAGCAUGCUUGAGGGCCAGGGUCCACAGCCCCGGCCUGGGAGCUGCGAAGUUGGGGGACGCAGACACGCGGAUCGUGACCACCUUCUUCCCAGCACCAUGACCAAUGGUUACGGUGUGGCACAGGAGGAGCUGCUUUCUCCUUCCUCCAUGCAGUACAGCUUGCCCUCCCCAGUCGGGGGGGAGCCCUAUUGGCAGGAGGUGUCCAGCAUGGAGUGCGCGCCCAUCGCCACCACCGAGGAGGACACGCUCAUGGAGAUGUCCGAGGUGCAGGUGUGGCCCUCGGGGGCCAGCCCCUCCCUGGUGGCCGUUGAGGACUCCUCACUUUCACUGGAGUGGAGCAAUGCCGACGAACUGGAAGGGGCACUGUCACUACCAUACGGGAGCCUGGGCCGGCCCAGCAGUGGGGCCAGUGGGGCCAGUGGAGGGGGGGGGCUCAGUGGCUCCAUGGAGCUGGUGGAGGACGACACAGAGCCAGGGGCGGACUCGGAGCACAGCAGCAUCGGGUUCAACCACAACGGGCUGGACGGAGGUCAGAGGUCGGAGGUCAGGAGGUCGGAGGUGGCGGCGGGCAGCAGCAUGACAGCUGGAACCGGAAUAGUGGCAGGAGAAGGAGAAGGAGUUGAAAGGCCGAGUUCAGAGGAAGGGCUCUCUCUCGUUGCAGGACAGCAGCGGGUGUAUGCCCGCCUGAGUGAAUCACCUGGACUCACACGGGUCACUGAGCGUAACGGAGACAGGUCUAGCAGCAGCUCCUUCCUGUCCUAUCUGCAGGAGCAGCCAACCCCAGGCUGGACCUCAGCCCUGGACUCUGCUCAGAACUGGACUGGAGGUGCAGCAGGGUCCAAGCUGAAGCAGGCCGAGUCGGCGAUGUCAUCAGUACGCAUCGGGGUGGGUGGAGACUCCAGCCAGUCCCGCGUUUCCCAGGAGUCCCUAUUGCAGCCAGUGCGGGACUUAGGGCACUCAGAAGUCCUGCACGGGCACUUCCGUGGCACACAGCCCUUUGAGAAGGGGCUGGGCUUUUCGCAUCGGGCACCAGAACUAAGGGCCUGGGAGGAAGCACGGCUGAGUGGGCAGGGAGAUGAGCUGGAGGAUAUCCCCGGAGAACAAGUGAGUGAGGAGCAGUUCACUGAUGAGCACGGGAACAUUGUCACCAAGAAGAUCGUGCGGAAGGUGGUUCGGAGGGGCAAGGGCCCUGGCGAGGAGGGUGGUCAGCCGGUGAGCGUGGAGGGCUUGACACAGGAACCUGCUGAACUGGAGCCCAACUCUGAGCAGUUCAUGAACUACGCCAUCCUGGGUCGGGACAGCAGCAAGCCCGAUGUUGUGGAUGUGAAGAAAGGUGCUCAGAUAGUGAAACGUGCCAGUCUGCGGAGGGUAAAGCAGUGAGGCAGACUGACUCUCCCUACAGGAGCUGAUCCCGAAUCCGAGACCUCCCUUCAUUGACACAUGACAGGCAGUGGGCAAGGAAGCAGGAGAAGACAAGGCGGCGAAAUGCGAGCACCAACUGGAAGCGAAAUAACAUGACAAAAUGGCUAAGACGGAUAAUGAUGAUGAUGUUGAUGUCAAAGACGGAAAGAAACAACAUCCAUAGUUUUCUUACCUUUUUAACACAAAAAAAAACAAGUAAAUAGGCUAGAGGCAUGAUUUCAUAUAAAACAGACAAACCGAGAAAAAAGCAACAAAAAUGUGCUUCCUGUUAUCUGUAUGAGCAUGACUGACUGCCGCAUGGCAUGUCUUAUAUACUGAUUGAAGGGGUAUUCAGGGAGGGGCGGGGUGGGACUAGGAGGGGGGACAGUGCCCAUACCAGGAUAUCAAUGGGCUGUGAGGUUUGGGAGAGGGGGUCAAAGAAUUUAUGGCCCUUUUUAGAAAAGGAAAACCCAGACAUUAACUAAACAGCCCUGUGACCCAAGUUAGAGCAUUCUAACACAGAACAACACUGGCAAUUUGCAACCCAGUAGUGUCCAGUGUCAUACCUCUGGCACACGUUGGCCCACAGAUCUGGUCGUUGUACAUAAUAUAUGCACUAAUUGCUACGUGAAUGUGUGUGUAUGUGUGCGUGUGUGUGUGUGUGUGUGUGUGUGUGUGUGUGUGUGUGUGUGUGUGUGUGUGUGUGUGUUUACGUUUGAAUGCUCCCCUAUGUGUUGAUGCUGCCGGCUUGGUAUUUUACUACUAUUUCCUAAUUUUCUUGUUUGGUUAAAUAUAUAUAACUAUAUAUCUUGAGACUGCUCAGUGUUGGUGUUAGGGGAAAAAAAAAACAUUUCUGUUGUCCUGCCUGUACUACUUUUUGUCAGUUUUUGUGUAUGUGUGUUGUUUUUUUUUUCUUAGAGCUGUUGUUGUUGUACCCCCACUCUGCUGUUCUCAUUUUGUCUUUGGGAUGUUACUGAGUUUUCAAGGUGUCUCACGGCUUCAAUGAGGGGUUAACAGAGUGUUUUGUGCCACCUCUCCCACCUUCCUGCCUUUGUUGGGUGGAUGUGUGUGUGUGUGUGUGCGUGCGCGCGUGCGUGUGUGCGUGUGUGUGUGUGUAUGAAUGUCUAGAGAGCCUUUUGGAGGGUGGUAUAGCUAACCCCCCACCCCUACAGUCCCAACUGUCUCACAGUGGGACACUUUGUCCCUGUCUGCACCGUCCUUUGGCUUGCGCUUCCCCACCCACUUGCAGAUGUAGCCAUCCUCUGUGCCAUUUGUGCAGCUGAGGACUCCGCUGUCUCUUUUCUCUCUCAUCUGCACACCUCUGUGAUCCAACGUGCUUCCUAUCGGCAGGCACACCCUGCUGCCUUACCCCAGCAGUGCAGCUGUAGCCUCCCUGUCUUCCAAAGCCGUAUCCGGACCCUGCAGUACCACCCUCCACCCCCGUCCCUGAGCUGCAGUGCUCUAUUGGACAGCCCGCCCCUUUCGCCCCUAUGGCACCGCUCCACCCAUGUACACCACUAGUCCGAGAUGGUUUGGAGCAGACCGGUGUCUACCAUGGACUGGGAAGAAGUUAGGAUGUGAGGUUUGACUCGGUGACCUUGACCUUGGAGCAGAGAUGGAAGGGGGGUCUCCAUAUUAAAUUUCAUCCAGCCACUUCCCCCGUUCUCGCUCAGGAGCGCAGCAAUGACAGAUAGCCACCAAGCACUGUGAUAACGGACUGUAAUACCGACCCCAUGACUGUGAAUCUCUUGCAUCCUCCACAAACAAGCCCAUGAACCGUCUCAUCAAAGAAGGCUACCAACAGAACAAGCAGCUGUCCAUGAGCGGUUUCUCAACCAGCUGAGUUUAAAGUUCCAGACUUACAUGCCCCAAGCUCCAUCCCCUUUUGCUGUGCCCCCUUUCCUCUUUCUCUCCCAUUUUUCUUCUGAAGGUUCAUACAUGCAAGGUUGGCACUUUGGUUCUUACAGCAAUAAUAUAGGGGUUGGCUGGAGUGUGCAGGUGUAUUUGUGUGUGUGAUUAUAUGUUUGUUUUGAACAGGGUGACUCACCACAGGGCUCACACACACACACACACACACACACACACACACACACACACACACACACACACACACACACACACACACACACACACACACACUUUGAGCUUCCAUUCUCAAGCCCUGGCCUUCAUGCUUCUUGAAGAUACCAUUUACUUUACACUCUCCAAAGGUGCACUCAUUCACUUCCCCCUGGGCACUGAAAUCCUGUGCACUUUCAGUUUUAUUCCACCUCAUUCAGGUCUGUUAUGUAUCCUAGCUUCAUUAUUUGCUUCUCCUUGUUUAAUUUUACCUAAUGUAGUUAAUGAAAUCAUGAGAGGAGAGACUUUUUUUUCAUAUGUAUCAUUUUAAGUCUAGUUUCCUCUGAGCUUUUCACUUCAUGUUUUGCGUCAUUAUUUUGUUGCUCAUACACACUUACUCAAAGCGAUUUACAGUUCGAGUGAUUUGCAGUCGACUAUUCACAGGGGUUGUGCUAUGAGAUCUGUGCAUCCCAUUGGCCACAGAGAUUGUGGACUGAAGUAUAUGCAGACCAGGAUGAGGAGCCAAGAAACUAAUAGCUCAGAAAACCAAAGUGGCUUUUAUAGGAGAUGUAAAAUGUAUAUGAGCCUUGAAAUGUAUAUAUACACUAUACAUUAAGAAAAUAAUUUUAGAACAAUCAGAUUGCAGCUUGUAGAAUGCAUUCUCAAAUCGAGAAAAAGAAGAAAUACUGAAGACUAUGCUGUGCUCGUGUAUCAGUGUGUAUUUGUUCUCCAACAGCUCAUGGGGGCAUUAACAAUGUCCCCCACAAAUAUGAAAAAACCUGAAAAGAUAUAUAGUGGCAAUAUGCCUACAGAAAAACAUGGCCUUUUUGAGUUUAGUCAGAUAGCUUUUUAUGAAAAAUGAAAAGUGCUAAAACAUUUUGUUUGUUAUAUAUCCUUAAAUGUUCUGUUUAACUGAGGUGGAGACAGAAAUCAUUGCAUUAAGCUGCAAUCAGUUUAUCAAUGAAUCAAUGGAAUCCCAACAAAGAAAUUUGUCUCUGCAGGAGUCAUUGGAGCUAUAACGCAACAGCAGGGUAAAUAAACUAUGCAUUAUCUAUCGGCUUCUAUUCCACUGACUGCAAAAUAAUACCUCUAACACAGAUCUCGUGUUUCAAAAUGUGUCUUAUAAAUAAAGAUAUAAGGCCAAUGCUGA